CCCUACUUCAGGGCCAUGUUUACAAGUGACAUGGCGGAAAGUCGCCAGAAGACGGUUGUUUUACAGGGCUUGGAUGCAGGCAUGUUUGGGGAGAUCCUAAGUUACAUCUAUUCGGGAACCCUCCGUGUGUCCCUGGACAAAGUGCAGCCCCUGUACCAGGCAGCCGACCUCCUCCAACUGGACUAUGUGAGAGACACCUGCAGCAGCUACUUAGCCAUGAACGUGGAGCGCUGCACCUGUGUGGACUUGUACAAGUUUGCGAAUGUCUUCUCUGUGGACAUUGUCAAAAAAGCUUGUCUGCAGUUUAUCCAAAGAAGCUUUGUUGAGGUUGCCUCCAGUGAGGAGUUUUAUAGCCUGAGUGUGAAUCAGCUGACUGAGAUCAUAAGCCACGAUGAGCUGGAUGUCAAAGAGGAGACAACAGUGUGGGAGGCUGUGGUGAGAUGGGUGCAGCACAGCAGGGAGGACAGACUGCACCACCUACCCAACAUCCUCCCUCACAUCCGCUUCAACCUGCUGACCCCGUACAACAUGGUGGCCAUCUUGGAUCACCCCCUGAUCAGCGAGGAUCCUGGGAGAUCUGCUAUCAGGAACGUGGUAAAGGAGACUUCCAACAUGAAGAGGAGGGUCGGGAUGGACACACUGGAAAUGGCUCUACUUUUCACUGAAAGCACAAAAGAGAUGCUGUGGAUGAACCCAGGGCAAGGGAAGUACAUCAGGUGUCACUACGACAUAUGUCCAGUCGCAGGAACAGUUACUACUGAUAAUGACAUCUACUUUCUGGCUAGAGAGUCCAGCCAAAAGCAUGCUCUGUUUAAGUACAACCAUAUCAAGAACAAUUGGGAACGUAAGUCUUCAGUAUGUAUGGUAGACCCAAGCGACCACUACCCACCUUCUGACUACCUUAUGGAAAUUGAUGGACAGCUUUUACCUCAUUGUGACAUCAUCACUGCCUGAGGUGGUGUUAAAGAAGUACAACCCGAGCACACAAACAAGUGGCACAACUGUUCCACUCUUCAGCAUGACGGGCAGUUGGACUACAACGUGGCGGUAUCCUGCAAUCACCACAUCUAUAUCUUUACACGGACACAAUUGUAUUGUUACGACCCAAAGGCAGACCAGUGGUGCGGAAAAUCCUGGUCAGAGCACAUUCCUGAAGUCUAUAACGCAGUUGCAAUUGGCACAGAAAUAUUCAGCACGGACUAUGACUUAAACAAGACACUGGUGUAUGACACAGAGGCAGACAGCUGGCAUGAGCUUCCAGGGUGGCUGAACACAGGUUAUGGGAUUGAAAACAUCAGUCUCUUUGUGCUCGAAAACAAGCUGCAUGCAGUGGUACAUGGCUAUACUGCAGGGGAGUUGAGAGAAGUUUGGCUGGUUUGUGUGUAUGACAAGUGUGAACGUGUUUGGAAAGAGUUGUCUAUCCUGUCCGAAGGCCGUUGGUAUAUGUUUGACCCAAUGUUUCCUGUGGCUCGUAUGUACCUGCCGCAUCUGAACACACAGGGUACAGCUAGCACUGAGGGUGCAAACGGUGUAUAAUGUCAACACUAUAACUGUCUAAGAUUCGGUGAUUUCUACCAGUAAUCUUAAAAGUUUGCCAAUUUUGUCCACUUGUUAGAAGUUUCAUAUCACUUAAGGGUACCCUUCCUUUUCUGAUAUAUCUGGUGAAAAUCGGAUAAUUAUUGCAUAAUGCUGAGGACAAAGUAACAGAUUGUGAUCAAGGUUAUAUUGUGAACACUCCAUUACAUUUAUGUGCCUGUUUGCUUAUGUUCGCCUCUUUGAAAAACAUUGUGUUUGACAGAUCCCAAGUGCAACACAUUUCACAGAAGCUUUUCCACAGGCCAGGGCUAGCAGCAUUAGUCUAUCCUUUCACACAUAUCUGCAAUAUAAGUAUAUGUGUCUGAAUAGAUUCCCAAUGCCCCCAGCGUAAUGCACUACUGUAUAUCUAAACUGUGUAUAGCUGGGGGACAUUGCGUGUCUCUUAAAUUUCUUUUUUUCAUUUGAAGGUCGCAGAUAUAUGUGACCAGUUGGAAUUAUUCCGGUAAACAUAAGGUAAUUCCUAGUCCUGGCAGAGACAGGAUCUCUGUGACGACAUUAGUAAGUGCCAGGAAGUCAUGGAACUUUCGUCGUGGUUUUAUUUUCAUAGUUUUCACUGUGACCUCCACCGUGAAUUCGUAGCACCAUAAAUAUGCUUCCCUUGUAUAACUACUUGACACAAUAUUUUUCCACUGUGAACUUGAUACACACCGAAAUAAACCCAAUGUUUGGCUCCCACCAUGAAAUAAAACUACAGCGAAACAAGUUGAAUUUGAAGUACAUACACAUAGAUCUGCAUCCGUUGCAGACUCCAGGACCUUGACUAGAUUCAUAUCAGGAGAGGCUAGCUUGUGUAGAAUAUAAGAAGGUACAAUUUGGAAUUAAUUAGUGACCUAUUUUGUUUGGUGUUUAUAUUGUUAAGUUUCCAGGAAAUAGGAUGUAAUACCUUUAAUUUGAGACCAACUGAUGUUCUGUGUUUUUAUAUGUGUUCAAGAUAUUGUAUUCCAGUUUUUGUAUUAGACUGUCUUCUCAUUUCUUAUAACAGUAAAUAUCCAUGGUAUUCAUCAAUUGAAUAGCUGUCUUUAGUAUAAAAAGUAAGUGACUAUUUCAGUUUAAGUAGAGUUAUGAGAUGAUAAGGUCACGUGUGGAUAAUAAUGAUUAGUAGAUAAUUUUUCUUAUUAACCCAAACCUAGUAUCAAUAAAUGAUUAAAAAACAG